ACCAAGUCAGCGGCAUCACAGUGGAACAGUCAUGUGCGAUUUUCUUUCUCAAAAACAGUGAAGAUGCUCAGGCUGUCUGUGACUCUGGGUGACUCUUGUCUUCCACACAUCGCCACGCCACUGAUUGGCUCGCGAUUAUGUGAUUCUUGAACCUUCUUGCCAUGGGGAUGUCUGCAGCGUCUCAUCUCUGUGCUUCUUCGUCCCUGCGAGCUUUAACCGUGUUGUUUUUGUUGGCAGCUCUUGUUUCAGAUGUAGAGGGGCGACAUCAUCGUCAUGUCUGUCCUCAUUUCUCCUGCGGUGGUUUAAGCAAUAUAUCGUAUCCAUUUCGUCGGCAAGGUGAUCCAUCUGGGUGCGGUGUCCAAUCGUAUGAGCUGGUUUGCACGGAUACAGAUGCUACAAUUCGCAUCGGCAGUGGAACAUACAAGGUGCUUAGCAUCAACUCCACAUAUUCUUACUUCUGGGUUAUUGAUGCCGACCUGGACAUCCAGAGCAGUUGCCCCCUUCCCCGGUGGGAUUACCAUGCUCGUUGGAUCAAUCUCUACUUACAUCUUUGGAGGAUUGAGUUCAUCUAUCAGUAUUUCUAUCCUUCUUCUUUUUAUAUUGAUUCGGGGCGGUGGGCUAUCUUUGUGAAUUGUUCUCAGCCAAUAGAGAACAUUGAUACUGAUAAAUAUCAUAUAUAUGAGCCGGUGUCUUGCUUGAGCAAUUCUUCUUUCAUCUACUUGCUGGUAACUCACUACUGGGAUGCUGACAACUGGGAUGUUACUGCUGGGGUUCUGGAGCCUUCAUGCGGUUACCUAGCCAUGACUCCUUUGGGUGGUCCAGGCAUGCAGGUGCCCUGGAAUACAAGCUAUCCAGAUGUUGUUAAGUUCAUGAGGAGUGGAUUUGCCCUUGGAUUUCCCGUUUGGUAUGGUGAUAACAUCAGAGAAUGUCUCGCAAACAAUAUGCGUACUUUCCAUAAAGAACCAAGAAAUAGUACAGGCAUCAGGCAACAGAUCUUGGACAUUCUUACGUUCGAGACAUUAUGGUUUUGUGUUAUUGAACAACUUGGAUCAACUAAUAAUGGUGUCAAAUCUGUUCUCAUCCACAUCAUCGAAGAAAUACCAUAUGUUCUUUCCGGUCUGAAAUCUGCACAUGUUAUUUGCAGGUUCAUAUUGAUGCCGCUGGCAGUAUUUGUCUUCCUAGCCUAUAAAUACUGGAAAACACGGAUAACAAUAGAUGCAGUUGAGAAGUUCCUGCGAAUGCACCAUAUGCUCGUUCCGAUGAGAUAUGCAUACACAAACAUCAUUGCUAUCACCGGCCAUUUCAGAGACAAGCUCGGACAAGGAGGCUACGGUACUGUAUACAAGGGGGUGCUACAGCCAGGUGAAGUUCAUGUCGCUGUCAAGAUGUUGGGCAACUCAAACUGUAAUGGAGAAGAGUUCAUCAGUGAGGUCGCCACCAUUGGCAAGAUCCACCAUGUCAAUGUUGUGCGCCUCAUUGGGUUUUGCUCCGAGGAAAAUAUUAGGGCACUUAUCUAUGAGUUCAUGCCCCGUGGAUCUCUCGAUAAGUACAUCUUCUCGUCGGAGAAGACAUUCUCAUGGGACAAACUCAACGAGAUCGCUCUGGGCAUUGCUAGAGGUCUUAACUACCUGCAUCACGGGUGUGAUAUGCAGAUUGUACACUUUGACAUCAAGCCACACAACAUCCUUCUUGAUAGCAACUUUGUUCCAAAAGUUGCUGAUUUUGGGCUAGCCAAACUGUUCCCAAGAGAUGACAGUUUCGUGCCACUAAGCGCUAUGCGGGGAACGAUAGGCUAUAUAGCUCCAGAGAUGGUAUCUCGAAGCUUUGGUGUCAUCUCUAGCAAAUCCGAUGUGUACAGCUUUGGGAUGCUACUAUUGGAGAUGACGGGCGGGCGAAGAAACGCAGAUCCUCAUGCAGGAAGCUCUAGUCAAGCAUACUACCCAUCCUUGGUGUACAGGCAGCUCAGCCAGGGUGAUGCGAACAGGAUCAGUGAAGGUGUUGAUAUGCACGAGUUAGAGAAGAAGCUAUGUAUCAUUGGGCUUUGGUGCAUCCAGAUGAAGCCGCAAGAUCGGCCGACAAUGAGCGAGGUCAUAGAGAUGCUUGAAGCUGGUGUCGAUGGCAUCCAAAUGCCUCCGAGGCCAUACUUUUGUGAUGAAGAGGGUGAAAGUUCUUACUCUACAAUCUCUGAACUGGAUACAAUAGAAGAGUAGUAGUAGUAAAAUGCACUUGUGUCUAUGUGCUCUUAAUGUAUCAGACUAUUAAGAUUGCAAGGUUGCCAUAAGCUAAGGUAUUGGUUGUAUACUUUUAUUGAGAGUGUGAUAAUGUGAUAUCAUAUAAAAUACCUCCAUGAAGUUUUUUAC